AUGAUGAUGGCGUGUCGGCGGCUGGCGAGGGAGGCCGUCGCGGCCUCGCUCCGGCGAGGCGCCGCCACCGCGCCCACCGCCUCCACGCAAGCCUUCUCCUCUUCCUCCGCCGCCGCUGCCUCCUGCUCCUCCCGCGCACCAGUCGCCGCCAGCCCUAUUCGCCAGUUACUCGCGCGCUAUUCGAACCCCACUUUCCAGCCUCGCGCUGCCGAGUUCGGGCCUUCGCUCGCCGCGAGAGUGGCCCUUGGUCUCCGGCCGCAGUUGUCAGGCCUCAAUCUGAUCAAAGGAUUUGGAACAAGCACCAUGCUAACGAUGACGCUUCAUCAGGGACAGGUUACUGCUGCCACAAAAGAGCAACCAUCAAAAGCCAUAGCUGGACCACCCCCAGGAUCUUUGAAAACCGAGCUUGGGCCUUCAUUUUGGCCUUUGGUCAGGAAACUUCAGCUGCCAGUUGGAUUGAUUUUUCUGAUUAUGUCUGGGUUGCACAGCCCGUUAGGUCUCGCCCUAAAUAUUUUGCUUCUCAUCUACUGCUCGAGACCUAGCCGUUAUUCAAUAUAUUUGUUUCUUCAGGAGCUUCGUCAUAGGGAGAUGGGUCAAAACCAUGCUGUGUCGAAGGAGGAGUACAUGCGUACAAGAAAUGUUAAUACUGAAGAUUACAAGUUUUUUUCAAUUGGAACCGUUGAAUUAGCAGACGGGAGGGUGCUGCAUCUCAUUGGAAUGCUGGGGAGCUGGUGGUUCUACCGUGUGUCAUUCAAGCGGAAAGAGCCGGUGUAG